CCUGAUCUACGUCUUACAAGGCAAUAGUUACCAGCGCCAUGCGAGUAUUUUAGAUGUACUGGGAUAGAAUUUUGGAAGAAUUAGGCAUUGCCGUAGAAGAAUGACUCUUCAAAUCACUCUCACGCUCCUGGUGGCAUUCAUUUACUGUGCGGUUAUCUGUGCCGCCGUGCCACCGAGGAGAAAUACAUGCGUGGUGCAAAAUGACAGAGCAGACUGCAGCCACUUGAGUUUAACAGAAAUCCCGUCCGACCUACCGAGAAACAUCACCAGCCUUGAUAUUUCGCACAAUCAAUUUAAGACACUGAAUACAACAACUUUGGCACUCUACCGUACUCUGCUACAUCUGGACGCCAGUUACAACAGUAUUACUAAGAUAGAUGCAGGAUGGUGUGAGAGCCUGCCCCUUCUACAGGACCUCAACAUCCAACACAACGUGGUGCACUUGUUGCAGGAAAAAGAUCUGCGAUCAUGUUCAAAUGUGACUCAGCUCAAUUUCGCUGUCAACAGGUUAAAAAUCAAAGGUGAACCUUUCACCGCUCUGCAGAAUCUGGCUUUGCUGGAUGUGACCAAGAACGGCUUGACCUCUGUGAGGUUGGGACAUCAACCCCAAAUGCACAACCUCAAGACUCUGGUAUUUUCUGGGAACAAUAUAGCAGCCUUAAAAACAGAUGACUUCUUUUUCCUGGAAAAUUCCUCCUUACAAGUCCUUGAACUGUCAGAUUUACCAGCUCUACAAAAUAUUGAACCAGGGUGCUUCAAACCAAUCUCUGGUCUGAGAGUCCUAUUGAUGGACAAUAGUAAGCUGUCCUCUGAUGUCACCUCCAAGCUGUGUAAUGAGCUCUCUGGAACCGCACUGGCUAGCCUUUCCCUCCAGAACACUCAGCAGACCAGUCUCCUAAACACCACCCUGACUGGGCUCAAAAACACUAACCUGACAAGGUUAGAUCUAGGCAGAAAUAAAAUGGGUCAUAUCGAUGAGGGCUCAUUUCAAGGUCUCAGUAAUCUAGAGUUUCUUUCGCUGAAGACGAACAACCUGAAUAAUUUAAAAAAUGGGACAUUUCAAGGGCUGGAGAAACUGCGGUUGCUGGAUCUAUGGAAUGCUGUGAAGGGAAACGUGGAAAGUCACACCUUUCAGCCACUUGGCAAGUUGGAGUACCUAUACCUGGGGAAAACAUCCAUGAAUGGGGUUAAGGAAUUUCCUUUCUUUGGUCUAAGCAGUCUCAUUUAUUUAGACCUUAGCGAGAGCACAUCUCUGAUCAAAACCAUAACAGACAGAACAUUUUCCGCUCUGGCAGGGUCCUCUCUGAAAACCUUAAACCUAACUUAUAUGGCACUUCAGCACCUUAGCCCAGGUGCCUUCUCCAGCUUGGGUAACCUCACUACUCUCAUGCUUGCACGGAACUUCAUUAGCCAGAUAUUGACAGGGCAAGAAUUUCAAGGCCUUCUCCAGGUGGAGAAAAUUGAUCUAUCUUUUAAUACUCAAAAAAUUAGUCUGACUCCCGAGUCGUUUAAGUAUGUGCCUACUCUAAAAUAUCUGUUUUUGGGGAGAGCUCUUACUGGCACACUGGAUUUUGAACCAUCCCCUUUCCAUCCCCUGCUUGGCCUAAUUUGGCUUGACCUGAGUAAUAACAAUAUCGCCAAUGUUAAUGAAGGAUUAUUUCAGGGAUUGAGUCAGUUGAAGGUUCUAAAAUUACAACAUAACAACCUGGCUCGGCUAUGGAAAGAUGCAAACCCUGGUGGCCCAGUCCUGUUUCUGAAAGGCUUAGGAAACCUUACCAGCCUGCAGAUGGACUCCUGUGGACUUGAUGAGAUUCCAAGGGAUGCCUUUCGGGGUUUAAGCAAACUUGGCGAUCUUAGUCUCAGUGCAAAUCUCCUUGACAGACUACACGAGUCUGUAUUUGAUGACCAGACAUCUUUACAGGUUUUACAAAUGCAGAAGAACAUGGUGACAUCUGUACCGAAGCAGGUUUUCCAGCCUGCGCUUGCAAACCUAACUGAACUGCACAUGGAGCGCAACCCAUUCGAUUGCACUUGUGAAAGCAUAAUGUGGUUUGUCAAGUGGCUGAACUCCACCAAUGCCAGUGUCACAGGCCUCCCGGGUGAAUAUGUCUGCAACACACCACCUGCUUACUACAACCGCUCUAUUAUGGACUUUGAUCCACUGUCCUGUAAAGAUACAUCCCCGUUCCAUCUGCUAUAUGUACUUAGCAGCACCGCUGUCCUGACUUUGCAGAUCACAGCUUUCUUGCUGCAUUUUCAGGGUUGGCGCAUGCGGUUCUACUACUCUAAAUUUGUAAACAGCAUUUUGGGCUUCAAGGAUGAAGCUAUAAAGGAAGGGCGAUACACAUUCAAUGGCUACAUUGUCCAUGCUGCACAAGACAGUGGCUGGGUAGAACGGAAUCUUCUUCCACUGGAGAAAGACCAUUUUAAAUUCUUCCUGGAGGAUCGAGAUUCUGAACCAGGUCAUUCACAGUUAGAGACCAUUGUGGAAAACAUGAGGAGGUCCAGGAAGAUUAUAUUUGUUGUUACAGAGAACCUUCUGCAAGAUCCUUUGUGUCGACGGUUCACGGCGCACCAUGCCCUGCACCAGCUGAUGGAGGACAGCCGUGACUCUGUGGUGCUGGUCUUCCUGGAGGAGGUGCUAGACCACCGCCUGACGCGGGCGCUGCUGCUGCGCCGCUCCAUGCUGAAGCCGUGCUGUGUGCUGCACUGGCCACUGCAGAGAGAGCGCAUUUCUGCAUUUCGCCAGAAGCUGCGGAAAGCACUCACCUCCAGCAACAUGCUAUCAGGCUCCAGAUAACAGUGCAACCCACCAUAUCUUUAAAAAAAGGACCUACAUGUGUUGACUAUUAGUUUUCAGUAGGCAUAGAAAACUGUUCAUGUGAUCAUCCAUAGUAAAAUGACAUUGUGAACACCAAUGCAUUUUUUUAUAGCUGCAUGCAUUGUUUUAUUUCUCAAAAACUUACAAGACAACCUACAGUAUCUCUGGCUUUAUGAACUUUAACCAAUCUCUGGCUUGAAUCUAUUAAAGUCUGCUACUUGUAUUUAGAAACUAGUGUGGUUAGAAGCACAAUCUCUCUCUCUCUCUCUCUCUCUCUCUCUCUCUCUCUCUCUCUCUCUCUCUCUCUCUCAAAUGACUUUUGAUGCAAUAUUCAAUUGCAACUGUUAGACUAUUUAACAGUUACUUUGUUACGUUAAAAAAAUACAUUUUCAAAGUUCUUCAUAUCGGCAGCAAAAUAAAGCCUAAAUGUUACUGUACAAAGUAUGUUUAACCCCAAAUUAUCAAUUUCUCCUUUCUUUCAGACACAAGACAGUUUUUCAAUUUUCAGAAAUGAAAACAGUCAAAUUAAGAAUGACACCUGUUGUGUUGUGCAUUUCCAAAUAAAACAAUACUUGUUU